AUGUUGGAUGAAGGUCAACUUGUUUGUGGAAAUGCAUCAUUAGGCUUAGGUAAAAUUUGUAUGCAAUGCAAGGAAGCUGAUGAAAGUGUUAAACAUUUGGAAGAAGCCUUACGUAUAAGACAAAGUCUUUUGGGACAGGAUCAUGCAGAUGUUGGAGAAUGCUAUACUUUUAUUGGAGGGCUCUACUGUUUCCUGCGAUCAGAUUAUGAUCAAGCGUUGUCCAAUCUAAAGAAGGCUGUUCAAAUUCAAGAGGUAGUACCAGUGCCUGAUUAUUUGUCUCUUGCUACAACUUAUCAUCACAUAGCGGUUGCAUAUCGACAUACGAAAGAAUAUGAUUUGAGUCAAGAUUAUUUUUCAAAAGCUCUCAACAUUCGACAAAAACUGUUACCUCACGAUCAUCCAGAUAUUGCUUCAAUCUACAAUAAUCUGGGAGUAUUGCAUGAAUAUAAAGGAAGUUAUUCAGAAGCACUAAAAUAUUACGAAAACGCAGUCGAGAUUUGGCGUAAAAUUUUACCACCUAGUCAUUUGCACGUUAAAGUGGCCGAAGAGAAUAUUCGUUCAAUCAAAAAUAAAAUCAAAACAUAA